GUCUUCUCUCUCUCCCUAAUUUUAUCACUCAAAUAAUUACCUUUUUUGCUUAGCUAUUCCAGUAUUUAAAUUUGUAUGAAAAUAUUAUCUAUGCCCUUUUAGCAGCUAUGACUGGCAAAGAAAUUCUACACAAAAUGAAGGAAAAAGUUGGGUUGAGUUCAUCUCCAGACUCUGGAAAGGGAAAGAGUAAGAUGUCGAAGCAUGUGACGCAUGGCUAUCACUUGGUUAAGGGAAGAUCACAUCAUCCCAUGGAGGACUACAUGGUUGCAGAAUUUAAGGAAGUUGGAGACAAUGAACUCGGUUUAUUUGCAAUAUUUGAUGGUCAUCUAAGCCAAGCAAUACCAGAUUAUCUGCGGUCGAACUUGUUUGACAAUAUCUUGAAGGAGCCAGACUUCUGGACAGAACCAGAAAAUGCCAUGAGGAGAGCAUAUCGUAUAACAGAUACAACUAUUAUCGACCAAGCAGCUGAUUUUGGUAAAGGUGGUUCAACUGCCGUCACUCUAAUACUAAUUAACUGUCAAACACUGGUAGUAGCUAAUGUCGGUGAUUCUCGAGCCGUAAUCAGCAAAAAUGGUGUGGCAAAACAAUUGUCAGUUGAUCAUGAGCCAAGUGUAGAAAGGAAGGAGAUUGAAGAUAGAGGUGGAUUUGUAUCUAACUUUCCUGGGGAUGUGCCACGGGUGGAUGGGCAAUUAGCAGUGGCAAGGGCAUUUGGUGAUAAGAGCUUGAAAGAACAUCUCAGCUCAGAACCCGAUGUUGUCAAGGAUGUAAUUGGUGAUGAUACAGAUUUUAUUAUCUUGGCCAGUGAUGGCUUGUGGAAGGUGAUGUCAAACCAGGAAGCAGUAGAUGCCAUCAAGACCGCUAAGGAUGCUCGUUCUGCGGCAAAACACCUUACCGAAGAGGCACUUAACAGGAAUAGCACAGACGACAUUUCCUGUAUAGUUGUAAAAUUUCAGUGAUCUACGGAUUCCUCUAUCCAGUGUUGUUUGGUAGGUGAGGGUUUCAUUGACGACUAGCCCUUAGCCGGUAUAUUAACAAACUUCUUCCUUUCUUCUGAUAUUGUAGUUGCUACGUCACCUCUUACAACAUGGUCUGCUGCUUGAUUAACUAGAAAUUAUAUCUCCGAAGUUCUGUAAAAUGGUUGGAUGUGAAGCUGGUACUUGAUUUACUUCAAUUGUCUAUGUUCCAUAGAAGUUUCAAAUAAAUUUCUAAUGACAUCAGAAUCUUGUAAUUUAAGCUUCUGCCAGUUCAAUUUUUUUUUUAA